CAAAAUUUAAAAUUAAAAUUACAAACAACAUGAAUUUAGAAGAUAAAGUUGCGAUUAUAACUGGUGCAAGUGCCGGAAUUGGUGCAGCAACUGUUAAAGCGUUAUUAAAACAUGGAAUGAAGGUGGUUGGUUUUGCUCGAAGAAAAGAAUUAAUUGAAAAUUUGGUUAAAAAUCACAACGGAAAAGUAUUUGCUCGAUGCGUCGAUUUAACAAAACCCCAAGAAAUUCUAGAUGGUUUCGAUUGGGUCACCAAAAACGUAGGACCAAUUCACGUUUUGAUUAAUAAUGCAGGUAUUUCUAAAGACGCACCGAUUUUAACGGGAAAUUUGGAAGAUUGGAAACAAAUUAUGGACACCAACUUUAUGAGUAUAGCCAUAGGAUGUAAAGCAGCUGUAAAAAUCAUGAGAGAACACCUAAUUGACGGUUACAUUAUCAAUAUAAACAGUGUUCUUGGUUAUUACGAUAUUCAAGAACCUAGUUUGACUAUGUACACAUCUUCUAAAUAUGCAUUAAGAGUUAUGACGGAAAAUAUCCGUUUGGAAUUAGCUAAAAUAGGAAGUAAUAUUAGAAUUACGAAUUUGGCUCCAGGUUUAGUUAAAACUGAUAUUUUUGAAACAGCAUUUGGAAUAAACAUAAGUAACGCGGUUUAUGAAAAUCUUCCUUUCAUUUUUUCCGAAGAUAUUGCUGACACAAUCACUUAUUUACUUUCUACGCCUCCGCGUGUCAAUAUCUCCGAAAUGUUGGUGGUACCUACUGGCGAAAUUUCUAAAAAGUUAAAUCUUUAUUAA